AUUGUAUGCACAUGCGGAUGCGGACCUCGCGGCAAGCAUUGCCCAAUCGUCCACUUGCAGCGGUCAUUGCGGGUGGGAAUCGCACGGAGUGGCGCCGUCACUGACUACCGUCCGAAGAUGACGCCAUGCGUGCGGAGACCUGCACAAACCCGCCUCAACCCGACGCGGCGACGUGUCACCGUAUCUGUAUCAUGUGAGCCCGAUCAUGUGGCACGGGUCGAUCGUGACUCGUAUGUGUGUGCUCACGUGUCGCUCCACAAGCGAUUGCGCUAUAGCUACACGCUCCAUGUGAUCACUUCAAGCAUGCGUUGUCGCCGGCGGCCUGCCUUUCAGCUCGUGCGGUCAGUCCGCUCCGGUCGGAGCGUCGCCGCGUUGACACUUCGGCACCUCGGCACCUCGGCACUCGGGCGCUUGUCUACUCCGCUCCGGUGUCCGAUCCGAUCAGGUGACGUCCCCGUGACCAGCCCCACCCCGAGUGAGAUGGACGUUGGGCAUGAUGUGAGAACCUCAAUGUUCCAGAGGCCCGUGGAGGUGAGUUUUUGCAGUUCUCACUCGUCCGUGAUGAAUAACAUGUUGUACAUUGUGCCACACAAGCACUGAGUCCCUGCCGGCCUGCAAACGGCCUCUGUGAUGCCGACUUUCCCUCGCCACUUAGAGUCCCAGCGACUAUUCCGCCGGUAGGGCAGUCACUCCGUUGUAUUACGCAUAAGGAUC